UUUAUUUCUUCUUUCUCCGGCCAUAUCUUCAAGAAGAAGAAGAAAAAAAAAAAAGAAUUUUGUUUUUCUUCUUUUGGUGAAUGCUUGAGGUGUAAAGGAAAGAAUAUCGGUAUCCGGGUGAGUUCAGAAGGGCAACGGCAGUUACUUCUGUUGCAAAAAAGGCGUCCAAUUACAUUCUCCUUCCAGAAGGGCCAUGGCAGAAGGUUGGAGGAACAUAUAUAAGAGUUGGUGGCAUGGCAAUUGGCAAAGGGUUCUGGCCGGGAUCAUCCAUCCUAACAUGCAUGACGAUACUGCUUGGUUUGUUACUACUGAUGCCUCAGUUACAAGCGAUGUUUGGAGACGAAUGGUAUUGGUUUCUGUUAACCCAGCCAAGUUUUAACCAAAUUACUGUAGAUGGAUGGAGAUACCAGGCCAGGAAUGAUGUUGUUAUCACUUUGGCUAGUGGGCUCCCAGGGACUGAUAAGAUCUCUUGUUUGAAUAGCUCAGAGGCAAACCACCUAUGGAGGUGUCUCGAUAUGAUGCUGUAAUGCAGGGCGUAGCAAACUCUAUAGCUUGGAUGGAGAGGGA